AUGGACACUAGUCGGAAUACAGUUGCAGCCAUAUUAGAAGAAGUCAGAGAUGAUGUGCAUAGUUCAACAAGUCCUUUAUCGCAACCAGUCCGUCCAACCAGCACUAAUGAUGCUAAUAAAAUUGUCAUUUAUGUUCAAGACAAAAAUCGUUUUGUGAAGACUGAACAUGCUGAUUUCUUUAAUCAUGUAAAUGAUCAUCCACCUUCAGAGAACUACAAUAAUUUACGUCCAAUAGCAGCAAGAGUUCAAAGGGUAUUUGCAUCUUUAGGCACUGUUAGUCAAGGACUACUAGCAGGAGUAGCUUUAGCACAAUUAUUCUUGGGUGAAGCAUCCCAACGAUCACCAUUAAUAUUGAUGUCAUUUUUCUUAUUGUCGACUAUAUGUAUGUGCACAGUUCUGGAUAUUUUUGACUUGUACAGAUGUGAGAGCUUCAAACCAAAAUAUAUUUUAGUAUUAUUCUUAAGUGUAUUAACAGCUUUAGCUGCAUUUGCAUGUACUACAUAUGAUACAGCUAUUAUGUCUGGUAGCAAAGUAGAAGCCAAAGUUUCGGAGACUUGGCGAGCAUUAAAUUGCUGUCGAUGUUAUGGUGCUGUUCUUGGAUGGAUUAUUAUUAUUAUUAUGAAACCUAAAGAUCAAUUAGCAGAAUAUUUAAAUAUUGAUUAG